CUGCCUCGGACCGGUUUGGCACGGAGGGGGAGAAGUCAAAACAGACGGACUUCCCACACAUAGAGUCUCGCGGUUUUAAUCCGGUUCAACACAACGUUUGAUUGACCACAACAGAGUAAUUUGAUUUUAUUCAAAAAAUACAGACAAACCUUGUCUCGCGCGCCCUGUGGGAAUCUGCGCGAGCUGUUUUGUUUAUCCCCCUCCACCAAUCAGCGCGAGGCGAAGCUGUGGCGAGGCCACGCCCCCUGUUCCCUGUUUGUUCUCGGAGCUGCUGGAACAUUUUGUUAGUGAAGCUCGCGAGUUUCGUCCGAAUACCGGGAACCUUUUAGAAGAAAGAAAAAGAGAAAGGAACGACGGCCAGUUUAAUAGUCCACAGUUAAAGUAAUGAAAGAUAAACACGCACCAUGCCUACUUUCAACAAAAAAAAAGAAGAAGUUAUGGAAAUUUGCAACGGGAAGAAGAGGAGAAAGGUAAGCGGGGGUGUGCGAGACUGCAGAAGGAGUGUGGUCGGGAAGAUGAGGCGAGCCGCUGGGAAAGUCCUCCGCUCGCUCUUGGUGGAAAACAACAACCACCACACCGAGUCCAUGGAGGAAGACGAUGAUUAUUUCUGUGUCAGCUUCCUGCGGAAUGGGCGCAUGAAGCCCGGCUCGGCGGUGUCCCCCCGGUACAACCUGCUCCGGGAGGUCGGCCGGGGAAGCUACGGGGUGGUGUACGAGGCUGUAUCCCGAAAAACGGGAGCCACAGUGGCGGUGAAGAGACUCCAGUGCGACGCACCAGAGAACGUGGAGCUGGCUCUGUCCGAGUUCUGGGCCCUAACGAGCCUGGAGAACCGACACCAGAACGUGGUGCAGCUGGAGGAGUGUGUCCUGCAGAGAAGUGGUCUGGCCCAGAAGAUGAGUCACGGCAACAAGAGGUCCAAGCAGUACCUGCGUCUGGUGGAGACGUCACUCAAAGGGGAGCGGAUCCUGGGUUACCCGGAGGGGCCGUGUUACCUCUGGUUCGUCAUGGAGUUCUGUGAGGGUGGAGACCUCAACCAGUACAUCUUGUCCCGCCGGCCCGAUCCCCAGACUAACUGCAGCUUUAUGCGUCAGUUGACGAGUGCCGUAGCGUUUCUGCACAAGAACAACAUCGUCCACCGCGACCUGAAGCCAGACAACAUUCUCAUCUCACAGAAAUCUGGUACACCAGUUCUCAAAGUUGCCGACUUUGGCCUCAGUAAAGUUUGUGCCGGUCUAAAGCGCAAUAUCAGUGAAGAGCACCCGGCAACAGGAGCAGCUGGCAGAGGCAGCAACCAGAACAACAUCAACAACAUAAACAAGUACUGGUUGUCAUCAGCUUGUGGCUCAGACUUCUACAUGGCCCCCGAGGUGUGGGAGGGUCACUACACGGCCAAAGCUGAUAUCUUCGCCCUGGGCAUCAUCAUCUGGGCAAUGCUUGAGCGGAUCACAUUCAUCGAUGCAGAGUCCAAGCGUGAGCUGCUGGGCACCUACAUACGGCAGGGCACAGAGAUUGUACCUGUUGGUGAGGCUCUGUUGGAGAACCCUAAGAUGGUUCUUCACAUCCCUCAGAGAGCCAGAAGCUCCAUGUCUGAGGACGUGAAGAAACUGCUCCAGGACAUGCUCGCGGUCAACCCUCAGGACAGACCAGACGCCUUCCAGCUGGAGGUGCGGAUGGACCAGGUCACGUGUGCAGCGUGACGGCCACCACCUUUUCCAACUUCUCUUUAUUUUUUUGUAACUCUAACCAGUCAACGAAGGGACCUCUUUGUUUCCCAGCUUUGUUUACUACAUAGACCUGGACGCCGAUGGAAAAAGGGCCUCUAACAACAAACUGAACUGUGGGAAGUGACGGUUGAACUGAUCCACCUCUGAUCACCGUCACCAUGGAGCUCUGUGGAGCUUAAACUGAGGAGAAUUUCAGUAUCUGUGAGACUUUGUGAUGUUUUUUUUUGAGGAGAGACCUGCUCUUACCGGUCACUCUUACUGGCAAAGGUCACACGACUGGAUUGUGUCAGUGUCAUUGUGACGAUGGUGGGAAGAGCAGACGACACUUCACUGCUCCGUACAACCUUGUGCCUUAAAACACGACUCUCAAGUGCGAAUGGAUGUUAUGUGUAACAGUGGAAGCACAUGUAAUAAGACACCCCGUAAUAAGACACCCCGAAAGAGUUUGAAACUGCUUUUCCUAGAGAAACAAGCAGUUGACCAACAGACGCUUUGGUUUUCAGUGAUGUCACACUUUUUAAAUAAUACCCAACCAGUGAUGCAAUGAUGUCAGGUUACAAUGUGACUGUGUGGUGACUUUCCACAUUUGUUCAUGUCAAGAAAAUGUUACAAGGACGUUUCACGACACCAGGCAGAGGCAGAAUGAAUGUGAAUCAUCUUUAUUUAGUGUGGAAGGGGGCACUGAAAGAAUCCAUGCCUCAGAAGUGUUAAGUGUCACCAUACAUCAGUCGUAUUGUUUCCGUUGAAUCCAAAGAGAGUAUCUGAUGGACAAAUCUGUCUGUCAUCACUGCAAAGCUUACAAUAAACAUUUUUCUUUUUUUACUUAAGUUCAUACUACAUGAUUUUUAUUCGGAUGCCAAAGAGUUUUGCAACUUGUGAGCAAUCGCCCCCUAAACUCUGAGAUAUUUGAAAACGUGACCCACAAAGAGACACCGACACCUUUCCCAGGCAUCACAGACACCACUGAACUUUGAUCAAGUCUGUGACGCUUCCUGUCACCACGAGCAAUCAGGUGUCGACGGCUGGAACUGCUGGAAAUAAGAAAACAUGGAUUCAUCAGCGAGAGAAGACAAAGAGGAAACUGACAAAUUCACGCAUCAUUCCCGUAUCGCGUCACUUCCCACGUGUUUGUGACCACAUGUGUUUUUCGUGUGCGACCUCAACUCACAGGUCACAAGAAAGUAUGUCAUGUGAUGUAGUUUGAACCAAGAAACAACGGUGAUGAUUUGAUGUACUAACAGUUUUGCAAUGAAUGUUUUUUUUUUUUGAUUUCCUUUAAGGGAUUGGAUGAUUGUGGCAUAUGAGAACGACCUGUAGAAAGAGUUUCUGUUUGUUGUGUUAUGAAUAACGGGUGUCUCUGUGGGAACAGUGACACCACAGCAGUACUGAGCCGCCUUUGCCUGUAUCUUUGCUGAGUAUCUCAUUCAAGAACACUCACAGGAAAUUUGAAGAUUUACCAGCUGGAAAUAAUCCCUGAAAGCAGUCACGGAGAACCCAUCCUUACUGUCCCCCUCCCUCCUCCCUGUCUUUACGGAAGCGCUUCAUAUUCUUUGCAGUGGAACACAUUCAAGCAGUGGUCACUGUGGUCAAGUAUCACAGAGGCAUUGAAGCAACGACCAUGAACAAGAACAUGAAGCUUAAAUGCACAGAAUAAUAAAAAAAACAAGUGGUAACAGGUUGUGAAGUCACAUGAGAAUCUUUUGAAGCCGAGAGAAUGACUAUUUUCCAGCACCAUGUUCCUAUUGGACACAACAGCUGUCACUCACACUGGCGUCCACUCAUGUGCUGCGUCUGUUUUACUUUAAAUGGAAAGAUAAUUUCCAAAAUCCACACUUUCUUCUAUUGAAGGAGACAUGAGACUUGCAAUCGAGGGCAUUAACUCCUCAGGGAAAUGUUUCCCAUAGUUCUUGAGUUCUUUUUGCAACCAGGUGAGCCGUCCCCUGGUGGCUUGCUGGCUUUGGGACGAAACUGGAAGACUAAGUCAUUGUUUCAGAAGGUAGUCAAAAAAAGAAAUGCUAAUCCUGGGAACGUAUACGCACAUACACAAGCUGUGUCUCCAUUCAGGGGCCCACUGUCUUUGGAGGACAGAGACGAUGAAGGCUGGCGUCCACUGUAGAGGCUGAGACAAACAGAGACGUGGUAGUUUGCGGGGGAGUUUCCCUGUUGUGCACACAUCACGAAUGCAUACGUUCAUACUUUUAAAGCCUUUACGUGUAUUGCUGCGUACAUACUGCAGUAUUUCAUUUUUGAGAGUAUCGCGACAGCCCUACUCCCAUGUACAUUUUUUCAACUGAUGUGAAGCCUGGCACUUCUAUUUAAAAGUGUGCAUUAUUUUUGUCCUUUUAAACCAUUCUUCUCUGGAGUGUAAUGAAUCCUGGGAUAGGUCAGACUUAAGGAUCCACCAGUUGGAGGAGCCUUUUCGAACUGAGUCGCUUCAAAUGCAGCCCUGGAAAGAGGCGGGCCCUGAACUGAGACACAGCUACACAUGUAUACAUACAGUACACACUUGCAUAUGUAUAUAUAUACACAGUAUAUAUAGUGUUCAGUCUCCAGCACAGAUGAGGGGAAUGACCAAACCUUUAGGUUUCACAGUCUCGUGUAGCAUCUGGGUCGUAGUAGUAAUAGCAGAACUUGAGGCGUUGAAUAGUGUGGUCCUACCUCAUCCUCAGCACCGUGACAGUCUCAGUGUAACUUUGUCUUACUUUUACUUGAGUAGGAUAGAUAUUUUUGUUUUUUAUUUUAUUUUAUUUCAUUUUUUUUGUACCUCAAAACUCUUCAGACCUGAACCAGCCUCUGACUUACUUGACUCUGUGUGCUUAUGCUAACGUAGCUUCAUGAGAAACAUGCAGGUUCUCCCCCUUUCACACGCAGCACCUGCUGACAUUGAAACAUUUAAACAUUUAAACGUGUGUUUCUUUCACUCUCUUUCGCUCUGUCGCUGACGGUAUUACACAGCUGGUCCGACGAACAGCUGCAGCUUCCAUUUGGUUGUGACACUGUCGUUGCUGGAGGGUAAAUUCAGCGUGUGUCAUCGAUCUGAUGAGCAUAUAUUAUUAUUAUUAUAUACAUGAAGCGGUGCAAGAAAACCAUACGUAGCUUCCUUGUAAGUUACCUCUGGCUCCCUUUGCUGAUUUUAACAGUGUGGGUUUUUAGUGUGGAAUAGUCGGUAUAUAGGAGCUGCAGUUUUUGAAAUCUAACCUCCUAUGUCGGUGUACACGUCUCUUUAAGCCUCGAUGCUAACAUGGCUAAAUGACUGUAUAUCUCCAGAGUCAUCACUUGUUGUCCACUCACUGUACUUUUCACUCGUACUUUAUUCCACUUGAAAACACUUUUACACUAUGCAAACUGUUUCCCUGCAAGCACUGUUUAGAGCCAAGCCCCUCUGCGACAGUUGUGUGAUAACCUUUUUUUAGUGUAUAUUUUCCAGUGUUGAGUUUCUUCUGAAAUGUUGUUUUUUCCGCUGCUUUUUUGGAUAAGACGCGGACAGCAGCCGGUAGGUGUUUUGGAGAGGCAUUAAACAAUCAUGUUUUGUUGUUGUAAAUAUGUUUGACAAACUUUUCUUGGAAUAAACGAUCAAAACUAUAACUUUCUCUGUUA